CAAGCGAGAUGAGGGAGGCCGGAAGGAGGCAGAGGGAGGGGGGAAGGAGGCAGAGGGAGGGCGGAAGGAGGCAGAGGGAGGAGGGAAGGAGGCAGAGGGAGGGCGGAAGGAGGCUGAGGGAGGGGGGAAGGAGGCAGAGGGAGGGCGGAAGGAGGCAGAGGGAGGGGGGAAGGAGGCAGAGGGAGGGCGGAAGGAGGCAGAGGGAGGGGGGAAGGAGGCAGAGGGAGGGCGGAAGGAGGCAGAGGGAGGGGGGAAGGAGGCAGAGGGAGGGGGGAAGGAGGCAGAGGGAGGGGGGAAGGAGGCAGAGGGAGGGGGGAAGGAGGCAUAGGGAGGGGGGAUGGAGGCAGAGGGAGGGGGGAAGGAGGCAGAGGGAGGGGGGAAGGAGGCAUAGGGAUGGGAGAUGGAGAGGCGAUUUGAACCAAGCCAAGCCAACCCAGAUUCAAGCCCAAGUGACUACACAUCGGACGCACAUACUUCCCCCAGAUCCACCUCCCAACCAACUCCUGCUUGAUAGAUUAUUUACGACUUGGUCGCCUGGGAGCUAUAGCAUCGCCUCAUCGCCGGCAUUUGGGGCCGACAGUGGCGGCAUUCUGCCGUUUCGCGGAGCCCAUUUAAUGGCCGAUCAGGUCGAGUCCUUCUCGUCACCGCUCCAUGGGGGACAAGACAGCCAUGAUCCGUCAAAUCUCUCCCUAAACGGAGCGGCACCGGGGGCAUCUCUCCCCAUGAGCAUCCCCGCCGCCCCCGCCACCAUCACAGUCGAGCCCGACGGCUUUCCCGCCACGUCAUUGUCCCCGCCAGCGGGCCGCAUUCUCAAUGCGGGAGCUGCGGUUUUCGUGCCACGUGUCGCGAGCCCCAUGCUCGGCCCCACAGGGGGGCCGUCGCGGGGAAGCCCGGUGCCUCCGCAGCCGGCGCAGCCGCCGCACCCGGCGAUGCUGUCUAUGCCGCAAUCGAUGUCGCCGACUAUGGGGCCUUCUAUGCCGCCUUACAAUGGCGCGCACAUGGGGCAAGGACUCCCCCCGCCUAUGGGGUACGGCCCGCCGGGGAUGGGCGCACAGGGCAUGUACGCGCACCCAGGGGGGGACGGUGGCGGGGGCGGAUACUUCCACAGCGGGUCCCCGGUGGAGGCAAGUCCGCUCAUGCCGAUCGCCGCGGGUCCGCGCAGGCAAGCGCGAGGACACGGGGGCCACGCGCAUGGACACGCGCACGCGCACGGGGGGCAUCCGCACCCGCACGCACACGCGCACAUGGGCGGGAUGAUGGGGGGUGCGCAUCAUGGGGGGGGGAUGGGGAUGAAUAUUCCCAUGGGGAUGGCGCCGGCGGGAAUGAUGGCGGCGGUGGCGGAGCGCGAGGGCUUCGUGGUUAUGCAAAGCGGGUCGCCGCAGAUGAUGCCGCAGAUGCCGGCGCCGCAGAUGGCGGCGGAAAUUCCGGCGGAAAUGCCGGCGCAGAUGCCGCUGCAAGCCGUGGAGCCCGCGGAGGCGGUGGGGAACGAGCUUGCGCACGAGGAGGCUGCGGCUGCGACGAACGGCGUCGCGCACGCUGCUGGUGGCGCGGCGGAAGGGGCGGGGAAUGUCGAGAGUGCCGCGGUUGCGGGCAACGUCGCGGCGGAAGCAGGGGAGGCGGGGGCGGCGGCGGAAGCGGAAGUGGGGGUUGAGGGUGCGAGCGUGAGUGAGGAGAGGAGUGAGAAUGUGAUGUGCGAGGCUCAGUCUUCGACAGAGCAAGAGACGGCAGAGAAGGAGAGUGAGAGUGGGAGUGAGAGGGGAGAGAAGAGUGAUGGGGGAGAGAGAGAGGGUGAGAAGGGAGAAGAGGGGAGGAGUCAACCGGAAACGCAGGCAGAGGAGGAUGAUAAGGACUGGGUGAAAGUCGAGGGCCACCACCACCAUCACCACCACCACCACCCACACCAGCAGCAGCAGCAGCAGCAGCAGCAGCAGCAACAUAAGCACCCACAGCCUGGGCAUGCGCACGCGCAAGGGCAUGGGCCGGGGCACGCGCAAGGGAAGGGGGCACAGCAGGGAGCGGCCGCGGGGCAUGGGAAGGCGAAGGGGAAGCAGGGGAAGGAGGCGAGCGUGCAGCUAGCGGGCAAGGAGCUGGAGGAAGUGAAAGAGAAGAUGGUGCGACAGGUGGAGUUCUACCUGAGCGACCAGAACCUGCCCACGGACAACCAUCUGAUGAAGCUCGUGCGCAAGGACGCCGAGGGAUACGUGCCCCUGAAGAUCAUAGCGGAGUUCCGCAAGAUCCGCGCGCUGGUGCCCCAGGGCUCGCCCAACGCGGCUGUCGUCAACCUGCUCGCCGCGGCGCUCAGAGCCUCGCCCUUCCUGGUGGUAAACGAGGAGGGCAAGAAGGUGCGCAGGGCGGUGGCCCUGGGGGAGGUGGACCUGGAGGAGGUACAGGGUCGCACAGUGGUGGCGGAGAACCUGCCAGAGGACCACUCUAUCCCCGCCAUGGAAGCGCUAUUCGCUAAGGCGGGCAAAGUGAAGAUGGUGCGGGUGUGCAAGCCGGAAGCAGCCAACAGCGCCAACCAGGCCGCCAUGGCAGUGGUGGCAGCAGCAGCGGGCGGGGGAGCGGGAGGGGGAGGGGGGAACAGCGGGAGGCAUGGACACAAGCAGCACCCACACCACCAUGAAAUCGUGGUCACUAACAAGCUGCACGCGUUGGUGGAGUACGAGAGUGUGGAGGAGGCGGAGAGGGCUGUGGAGCUGCUGACGGACGAGAACAACUGGCGCAGCGGCCUGCACGUCAGGCUGCUCAUCCGCAAACCCGCAAAUAAGCAGCACCAGCAUCACCAUCAGCACCCGCACCAGCACCCGCAUGCGCAUCAGCAGCAUCAGGGCCAGCUGGCACAUGCAGGCAAGGGCAAGAAGGGCAGUCAAAGCAGCCUCCACAGCAACCACAGCAGCAGCGGCAGCCUCUCUGCUGCAGCAGGCACAGGAGGGGCAGGGGGAGGAGCAGCAGCAGCAAGAGGGGGGGGAGGAGGGGGAGGAGGAGGGGGGGCGGAUUCUGCAACAGAGGAGAAUCUGCUUGAUGGGGUUGCUGCUAGUGAAGGGCUGCUGGCUCUGGAUGAUGGCGAUGCUGAUGGGGACGCGGGGAGCAACCACGAGGCCUCGCCCACUGCUGCUAGUGCUGCUGCGAAUGCCGCGGGCCAUGCUGGUGGCGGCGGCAGCAGACGGGGCAGUAACAUGCCUGCCCUCUCACCCCCUGGCGAUGGUUUUCUCUCUAUGCCUGACGGUGAGGCAAGCAGCAGCAGUCCGCGCAAGGGCCGCGCCAUCAAGGGGCGGAACAAGGGGGCUGGAUCCGCAAGCAAGCUGUCAGGGUCCGGGUCCUCUCACAACCAGGGCUCGUCUCUCUCUCGCACUCCAGGCAGGGACGGCAGUGGCAGCAGCUUCGGCAGCGGGCACAACCACCACAACAACAGCCAUCACCAGCACCAGCACCACCACUCGCCGAACAACACCCCGCCUCGCUCCCGCAUCGGCAGCAGCGGCAGCGGCAGUCACCAUCAUAGCCACCUGCACCCACACCAGCACUCGCAGCACCACCACCAUCACCACCUGCACGGGGGAGGCACUCCACCUAAGGGCGGUAGCCUACCCUCUGCUUCGUUUCUGCUGCAUGGGAGUCCCCUGGGGGGCGGGGGUGGAGUGGGAGGCGGAGGAGGGGGUAUUCUUGGGUGCGGUAGCGGCGCUUUGCUGGAAACGUCGUCUCUGUUGAUGCGACCCCCACCGGGGCCUCGCAUGCCUGAUGGGACCAAGGGGUUUACCAUGGGGCGUGGGAAGAGACUACCAGCAACAUGAACAACAGAAUAGAGCAGCCAUGCCAAAAGGAACUUAUUUACUGGUGGAAAUUCGGGGAGGGGGGGGGGGCUGAGGGGGGUGGUAAGUUGGGUUACACGUCAGUUUCUUCCCCGUGGGUUGGAGUUUCUUCCCAGAAGUGCCAUACUGUUUAUUGUUGUAGGGCUGAUAAAUGCCCUUAGGAUCUUUCCAGAGACUAAGUCCCAGUUGUAAAAGAUUUGAGUAGUGCAGCGGAAGUUGAGAUGGUUGAACCCUUGUACUGGUAUAUGAGAACAAGGCUGAUAAAUGCCCUUAGGAUCUUUCCAGAGACUAAGUCCCAGUUGUAAAAGAUUUGAGUAGUGCAGCGGAAGUUGAGAUGGUUGAACCCU